GAAGCGAGGGGAGGGCGUGAGGGAGGUGGUGCAGGCCGGCCGCUGGAACUCCGUUCCGGAGAUGACUUUCGCCCCGCCCCGUCCUGUCAAGCCCUGGAACGCGGAGUCAGUCCGGCUGGGAAGCUGUCAGUCAUGGCCCUGUCCUCGCGACUGUGGCGUCUUCUCCCUCUGCGACGCGGAGCGGAGCAGAGCGUCUGUCCGCUGACGGGGACCUGGGGCAGCCGUGGGCGCUGUGGCACCCGGGGAUUCCGCGCUUCCGAGGUAAUAGGAAAUACAAGACCUUUCAAGAGAGGCCUUUUAUUCUCAGCCUUGUCUUAUCUGGGUUUUGAAACCUAUCAAGUCAUUUCUCAGGCUGCUGUGGUUCAUGCUACAGCCAAAGUUGAAGAAAUACUUCAGCAAGCAGACUACCUCUAUGAAAGUGGAGAAACAGAAAAGCUUUAUCAGUUGCUUAUACAGUACAAGGAAAGUGAUGACGGAGAGCUACUGUGGCGGCUGGCACGAGCAUCACGUGAUGUAGCACAUCUCAGUAAGACUUCGGAAGAAGAAAAGAAAGUGUUGGUGUAUGAAGCGCUAGAGUAUGCAAAAAGAGCACUGCAGAAAAAGGAGUCAAGCUCUGCUGCUCAUAAGUGGUAUGCAAUCUGCAUUAGUGAUGUUGGAGAUUAUGAAGGCAUCAAGGUUAAGAUUGCAAAUGCCUAUGUUAUCAAGGAGCAUUUCGAGAAAGCAAUUGAGCUGAACCCUAAAGAUGCUACUUCAAUUCACCUUAUGGGUAUUUGGUGCUAUACAUUUGCUGAAAUGCCUUGGUAUCAAAGAAGAAUUGCUAAAGUGCUGUUUGCAAAUCCUCCUAGUUCCACCUAUGAGGAGGCCUUAACAUACUUUCACAGGGCAGAAGAAGUGGAUCCAAACUUCUACAGCAAAAACUUGCUGCUUUUAGGAAAGACAUACUUGAAGCUGAACAACAAAAAGCUUGCUGCGUUCUGGUUGGGAAAAGCCAAGGGUUAUCCAGCACACACAGAAGAAGAUAAACAGAUACAGACAGAAGCUGCCCAGUUGCUUACAGGUUUGUGACAAGAACUGAAAACAUUUUGGAGAAGGCAACAAAAUACCUAAUACUUUGUAUUUCACUGAUUUAUAAACAUGAUACAUUAACCAUCAUAAUGACUGUAUGUCUUUUUUUCUCAGUUCUUUUAUGUGGGACCAUUUUAAAUAAUAAAUGUGAAAAAUUCUGGGUUUCUUCACAAGUUACUAAGAAACUGCCACACUAUGCCCUAAGAGUGGCAGCAAUACAUUUCCUUGGUUCAGACAGACAUUUGGAACACCAAGAGGGAAAACAAAUGGCAUGGGAUAUGUAAGUAUUGAUCACUUCAGGAUGAAAUGUUUUCAAAAGGCUUUGUGAACAGGUGGCACAAGAGGGAAUGGUUUUCAUGUUGCAAUCGAAUGAAGUGCUAUCUUAAAGAAGUAAGGUGUUUAUGAUGUGAGGGUUCCUGGCAUAAAGAUAAGUUCCUGGCAUAAGUGAUGCAUGUCUUAGAGGCAAUGUAAAUAGGAAAAAUUCUGUGGAGCACUUUCUUUAAAAUGUGGUAUACUUCCAUAGAUGGGUUGAAUUUGUCUCCUGACAAAUUGUAAUCCUAUGUGGAAUGGAGGGACACAGAUUUCAGGGUUAAAGGAAAUAGACAUUUACUAGGCAGAGUAUGAAAACUUGAGUCUGAUGUCCUACCACUGUAAACUUACUUUUUACAAAAACUAGAGCUGAAUGAAUAUUAGACUGCAUAUGGGAGUAUAUUUUUCCCCAAAAGACAUGAGAAUUGUAAUUUUUAAUAAAUUACAGCAAAAUGUUUAGGUGGGUGCUGUUCCUGUUUUACCAUGUAAACUUUAAGAUAUAAACAUCGGAAGUACAUCCCGUACUUGGAUUUAAGGUAUUAAUAUUUUAUGUCAUUUUUAUAUGUGUAUAUCUAUUCACACAUAAUGUAUCUUUAAACCUUUGAAAUUGCAGAUUUUAUCAUAUCCUUAAGAAACUCAGCUGCUUUUCAAAAUAAGUACAACUUUCAAAUAAAAAAAAAAUAUAUUAUCAUAUCUACCACAUCACCUCCAAACAAAACAUACUCAGAUUUCCUUAACUGUCCCCAAAUCCAAAUUUUGGAGACCAGAAUUUGAUCUGCAGCACAGUUGGUUUAAAUACAGAAAAUCUCUCCCCAAUUCUUACAAGACUUUUUUUGAGAGGCAUGUGUAAUUGUUUAUCAACUGUCCUUCAGUCCAGAUCAACCUCUGAGAAUUAGGUUCCAUCUUGUCUUCUGGUACUCCAGUUAAUUAAAUUCAGUCUUUGGCUUUCAUCUUCAUGACUUUGAAAUGAACUCUUGCUUCAUUUGCCAAGUUCACUUCCAUUUUGUUAUACUGUGUUUUGCUUUAGGUAGUUUGAUUGCUUAAAAGUGUGAUAACUGUCUUCAUUUUUUUUUUAGGUUUUUUCUCUUCAUUUUCCCCUCCUAACUAUUGUCAACAGCCACUUCAUAUCUUCAUUGUCUAGUUAUGAACUUGAGCUACUUUUCAUAUCUAGUGUAUCUAAUUUGUAUUAGUAUUAUGUGAACAUUAGGGCUUUACCAGAUGAAUAUGCCAGUUGCUCCUGUGGAUUUAUUUGUUUGAAUGGCUUUUCUAGUACAAUUUUUGUUACUAGCACAAAGUUCUGGAUUAUUAGCACUCAAACAAAAAAUUAUUUCUCUGAAAUUAUUUUUGUGAAAUGAGGUAUUUUUCCAGUAACAUAUACUUUUGUGAAUGGGGAAAUCUAUCUUUUGAUACUUUAUAGAACUUUAUUUUAAAUUAAUUAAGACACAAUAAAUUAGAUAAUGUAGUACAAGCGGGUUCUAAAUACCCAUCUUCCUCUUUGCCCUAGGGUGACAUCAAACUAAGGUAUAACGCCAAACUAAGAAACAUACUGAUAUGAUCUAGAGACCUUAAUUCAGACUGUAGGACUUUUGGAUGUCUUCACUUUAUGUCUAGCUCUUAGAAGCAUUAUUUUAUAGAUUAUUAUAAUUACCACCACAAGCAAUAUACAGAUUUGUUUCAUUUCAGAGACUUAGUGCUCUUUAUAAUCAUACCUAGCAAUUUUCAAUCCUAGCAAUUUUCAAUCCCUCUCACAUUCCAGACACACACUAUAACUAAUCUACUAUAUAUUUGUCAUUUUAAAACUCUUAGUCAAAUGUAAUCUUAUAGAAUAUGACCUUCUGAGAUUGUGCCUUUUCACUUAGCCAGAUCUUCUAAUAACUAAGUUCAAGCAAGUUUUUCCUUUUAGUAUUAAUAUUUUAUUGCACGAAUAUACCACUUUAUGCAUCUGUUGAAGGUAUUUAGUUUUUUUUUUUAAAUUUGUGGCUACUAAAAAUAAAGGCAUUUUACAUUGAUAUUUAUUGUGGCAUUGUUUACAAACAAGUUAUGGAAUCAAUGUAGACAUCCACCAAGUGGAGAAACAAAAUUUAUAUAUUCACAAAUCAGUUUUAUUCAGUCAUAAAAAGUGAAAUUACCUCAUUUGCAGUCAAAGGAUGGAAUUGAAGAUGAUCUUGUUAAGACAUUAUAAGAUCAGAUGGAUACUGCAUGUGGAUUCAAUUUU